GUUUGAUUGCCAAAAAGUUUGUAAAUAAUCACAAUUCACUUUAAUUAAGCAUUCCCAAAGUUCGUUAAGCAGCUCAACACUUUCAGUUAAUCAAUAUUUACAAGAUAAAUAUGAAUCAGCACAAAAUCAUUGAUUGAUAACGAAGAAAAACAUCAAAAAACAGAAAAGUAAAUAAUUUCUGUAUCUCGUACCCUUCAAUCCAGCAAGACAUAAAGCGAUUUCAUUCACAACACAGUCAGUUCCUCAACUCGCAAAUUUUCUACAGAUUACAAUUUACAGCAGAAAUUUUCUUUUUUAAUUUUUCAGAGAUUUCUAAUAAUUUUUAAGUUUCAAAACAUCCAGAAAACAAUAUUUAGUGCUGUAAUACAGUGAAAUAAAAGUGACUAGUGAAUUAAUUAUAGUGAAAUGAGAACAGUGAAGAAUUUCUUAUGAACGGACACAAAAGAAAAAUAAAAGAAAUAAAGUUAAAAUAAAUAAAAGUGAAAUAAAGUCAUUAUGGAGAUAGUUGGUGACUUUGAAUAUAAUCCAAAGGAAUUAAUAGGGCAUGGAGCAUUUGCCGUUGUGUUUCGUGGGCGUCACAAGAAGAAACCAAAUUUUCCGGUUGCCAUCAAGAGUAUCACAAAGAAAAGUUUAGCAAAGUCACAAAAUCUUCUCGGAAAGGAAAUAAAAAUACUCAAGGAGCUCACAGAAUUGCAUCAUGAGAAUGUUGUGGCUUUACUUGAUUGUAAAGAAUCGCAGCAUAAUGUGUAUCUCGUCAUGGAGUAUUGCAAUGGAGGUGAUCUUGCAGAUUAUCUAACAGUCAAAGGAACGCUUAGUGAAGAGACUAUACGAUUAUUUCUAAUACAAUUAGCUGGUGCCAUGAAAGCUCUCUUCGCAAAAGGAAUAGUACAUCGCGAUCUUAAGCCUCAAAAUAUUUUACUUUCACACAAUUGUGGCAAAAAUCUGCCGUCACCAGAAAAUAUUACAUUGAAAAUAGCAGAUUUCGGUUUUGCAAGAUUUUUACAAGACGGGAACAUGGCAGCAACUUUAUGUGGAUCUCCAAUGUAUAUGGCACCAGAAGUCAUUAUGUCAUUGCAGUAUGAUGCAAAAGCUGAUCUUUGGUCUUUAGGAACAAUCGUCUUUCAGUGUCUUACGGGAAAAGCACCAUUCCAAGCUCACACGCCACAAGAAUUGAAGAAUUUCUACGAGAAAAAUGCAAAUCUUGCUCCAAAAAUCCCGGUCGGAACAUCUCAAGAACUUCAAAGUCUUCUUAUUGGACUGUUACGUCGCAAUGCAAAGGAACGAAUGCCAUUUGAUGUCUUUUUCAACCAUCCAUUUUUACAGCGUAAUGUACCAAAUAUCCAGCAAUCAGUCGCACCCGAUUUACCAUCGCCGUUUGCUCCAUCAUCACAAAAGUCGAACGUCAUUGUGGCACCGGCUAUAAAUAAUGUUCCAAAAGCUAGUAGUAAUAAUAAUAUCAACAAUAACGUCAAUAAUAAUGUGAAAAAUGUCGAAAUAAAUGAAAUAGAUACAACAGCUGCUGGAUACGAGAGUAUUGGUGAUGGUACAAAUAAUAAUAAUGAGUCAAGUAGCCCUGACAAUUCAGAUGAUUUUGUUCUAGUUCCCAACAAUUUGCCUGUCGUCGACGCUCAAGCUUAUGACAGAAAAUACAACAAAGCGCCAUCCAACUCUAGUCCUCCACGACCAAGUUCAUUACCUAUUUCGGAGCCUAAGCCUGUGCCGACAAGGAAAAUUUCACGACUUCCAUCGCCACCUAAACAACCGAGUACAUUACCAGCUCACAGUGGAAUUCCUCGUUCUCAGCCGAUAAAUAUGAAGCAAUCAAAUCGCCGGAGUAGUAAUUGCAAUAUGGACAUUAACUCAAUCUCACCACCAAGUGUACAGUUUCAAAUUGGAACACCGCCUAGUCGAAGACGAUCCACAUCAGGAGGUGAAACUCCUCCAAUUCCUCCAUCAACAUGGCAAAUAUCGCCAUCAGCAACAACAAAUUUCCAAAAUCAAUCACCAUCGGCUUUAAGACGCUCAGGAACGACAGGUGGAAUCGGAUGUGCCCUAGCUAAAUUACCGACCCUUUCAAGUCCAACGUUAUUGUCUGAGAACAAUAAUAAUCCACUUUGUGGAACACGUGCAUUCACAUUACCUGAUAUGACAGGUGCUGCUGCAAAUGGCUUUAGUUUAUUACAUAAUGACUCGAGAAAUGCUCUCGAUGAUCAAGGAAUCACCUUCUAUGCACCCGAACUACCUGCUGAAACUUUACUAGAUCGUGAACAUAAUGAGACACUUGCUAAACUCAAUUUCGUACUGGCAUUGACUGAUUGCAUUUUGGAGGUUGCUGAUCUUCGUUGUGCGCCACUUUCGGCAUUAAUGUCAGCCAAUGAGUCACCGACUGUUCAGAAUCUUGCACAGCCUCAUGCACCCGAGCAUUGUAAGCGAGCUGAGCGAUUAAUAUUGUUGAUAAGGGCACUUCAGUUGCUCUCGAGUGGAUUGAAUUUGGCAUCACAACAAUUACAGAAUGGCAUUUUAAAACCAUCGAAUACUGUUAAGAAUGUUUUAUCAACAAUGAAUUUAAAAUACCGUACAACGUUAAGUGAAUCAAAGAAGCUUAAUGCCAGUGGCUUACUACAAAGAGCGACAGCAAAUCAUAUUACGGCUGAUAAGAUACUCUACGAUCAUGCAAUACAGAUGUGUCAGACGGCUGCAUUAGACGAGUUAUUCGGUAAUCCAGAAGAAUGUUUUACACGAUAUCAAUCAGCGCAGAUCUUACUUCAUUCGCUUGCACAAAAAUGUACACAUCCGAAUGAUAAAAUGUUAUUAAGUAAAUACAAAGACGCUGUUGAGAAGCGACUUUAUAUCCUUCAAAAGCAAGGUUACAUCUAUUCGACAGACUCAGAGGAGUAAUGCAAAUCAGCACGCGAAUUGGAUGAGACACAAGAGAAGGCAGAGUCAGAGAAAGUAGUGAUGCAACUUCACAUGUAUUUAUUAAUAUAAUUAUUAAGCAAGAUGAUGAGAAAGUUAUAAUUAACUUUCAGUAAAGUCAGGGGUAUAUCUGGUGACUUUUUGGAAGGAGUCUAUCUAUAGUGCAUGUCAAUGGUUACUCUUUAAUAAGGGUGUGUCCAAUGACUGUCUUUAGGAAGGUCUCAACUCCCCCAGAUGCACUCCUGACUACCGUUUAGUAUCCAAAUGACAAAAAAAUAACACAAAAAAAUUGAAAAAAUUCGUUAAUUUUCUUAAUUUAUGUGACAAAAAAAAAGUGUGAUUGAAAUGGAUUCUCAACUUGCUUUUAAUUUUGUGUUUAAGCAACUUGUGUACCUUUACGAGUAUUUUUAGUUAUUUUUUUUUUCUUCCCUGUUUCAUUUCAUUUGCAACGAAUUUAAGUGCAAUUUAUAAGUUUUAAGAUUUUUUGACUAGAUGAACUAGGCAGGAUGUUGGGAAUCCCACAGUUCAGAAUGAUACGUAACAUUUACAAAAUAUUUAAAUCAGGUGUAGACUCUAUUGGUAAAUGUCAUCCAUAGUAUAAUGUGACAUAUUUAGGUAUCUUUAUCUGUAAAAUAAUUGUCAUUCUGGAUGUCCUCUGUUUAUCAGUCAAAAAAUAAUAUUAUUUUUGCGCAAUUUGCUGUUGGAUAUUGAACUGUUUUACAAAGCGAAAGUGUGACACACUCAGCUUAUAUCAAAAGUAUGAUAUGAUAAGUUGAAAGGAACAAGAAGAGAAGUUUAUUAUUAUUAUUUGCCCUAAAAAAAGAGAAAACAAAACUCAUUUUUCAUAAGAUAUGUUGUUCAAUGUUGGUUUGUACUGGAUUGUUGUUGAUAGUGAGAUUGGGGUAGGUUGGAAGAUAAAGGUUUUGUGCAAAUAAUUGAGGUUAGGAUUGAUUGGAAGUGAUCAAUAGAUUGAUACGGGAUUUGAAGCUAGUUUAUUAAAGAUUUGAUAGUAAAGUUGAGCUCACAUGAUCCAGCAGCAUCCACAACGCUGCAAUAUCAAGCAACAUGACUUCUAGAAGCUGAUAGUUUACUUACACAAGCAUCAUACAUAUAUAUCUAUAGAAACAGCAUGAAUAUGCCUCAUUUUAGUGUCUUUAAACACUUAGUUAAGGUAUCUGCUGAAUAUAUCAAUUUAGUCUACUUCCAUUGGACUUGGAUCUGUUGCUAAAGUAUUAUAUAGAGAGUAUGAGUGAGAUUUAGACCUCGACUUACCUGGAACUUCUCAAAUUCAUCAGAAGUUGUGCUCAGAGUCGUGAAUUUCUUAUGACACCUUAGGGGCCGUUCACUUAUUACGUUACGCAAAAAAACGACUUUUUUCACCCCCCCCCCUUGUUACAAUAUGUUACAACUCAC